CCAACUAUUCAGGCUUGACCGCUUGAAGAGUGGAGUUUUCCUAAUUAAGGGCGCGUGUUUUUUCCUCUUUUUGUUUUUAGGGUUUUGUGUUGUGAGAGACUGUGAGAGAGUGAGAGGAGCCGGAAACAUUGUUUAGUUUCUUUCAAUAUGGAGCAAACGAUUCGCAAAGAUUGUGAAGUAGAGAUCUGUUCUGAAGGAGACGGCUUAAAAAUCGCUUGGUACCGAAGAGCGAUUCUUGAAGAAACCCCAACGAGUAAUACGGUUUCGGGAAGCAAAACGAAGCUUCGUGUCCGUUACACCACGACGAUGCUCAACGAAGACGGUUCGUCUCCUAAAACGGUGGAGCAGAGGUUAAUACGGCCGGUUCCGCCGGCGAAUCUGUGCAGCAGCGGCGUCGUUUUGGAGGAAGGGUCUGUGGUUGAUGCUGAUUACAAAGGACGAUGGUGGACCGGUGUUCUGGUUAAGAAAAUGGAGGACGGGAGGUGUUUGGUUUACUUCGAUCUUCUACCAGACAUUGUCCAGUUCCAGACAAAGCAGUUGCGGGCUCAUCUUGACUGGACCGGUUCAAAGUGGGUUCGACCAGAAGCUAAAGAACUGAGUAAGUCCAUGUUUAGCCCUGGGACUCUAGUGGAAGUUAGUUUUGUCAUAGGUGAAGGGGAAGUUUCGUGGGUUACUGCUCUGUUAGUUAAGGAGAUAGAGGAGAAUAAAGUCAUUGUGAAGAUCUGCGAUAAAUACUUGAGAUGUAGUGGUGAUGAUGCAAAACCAACCAUGGCUGUUGAUUCACAUUGUGUUAGGCCUACACCUCCUCCUUUUGAGGUUGAAGAGUACGAUUUGCUGGAUUCUGUAGAGGUGUUUCAUGGUUCUAGUUGGCGUCAAGGGCGUGUGAUGGCAGUCUACUCUGGAAAAUUGUACAAGGUUAGUUUAGAGGCUACCAAGGACAAGGACAAGGACUGCUUGAAAUUUAAACACUCCAACCUUAGGCCUUUUAAGGUGUGGAGAGAUGGGGUUUGGCAUAGCGGACCAAACCAAAACCCCAAAACUCUAGCUGCCUCUGGAGGAUUGGGAAAGAAGAAGGCUCCUCCGGUAAUAACCUCGAAAGUGACAUCCAUAGAAGAAGAUGAUGUUUCAUCUGUAACACCUUUGAAACAAACUGAGGCCAGAGCUGAAGGAGAGAAAUCCCCUGAGAAGACACUUGAGCCGACGAGGGAACAGAAUUGCUUGGGAGGUUCAACUCGAGAGAGGUUGCCUGAGGAGGAGAAUAGGCUGAAUAGCAAAGAUGGGAGUAGAAAAAGGCAAAGAGAAGAAGAACACAACUCCCAAUCCCAGGCUGAGAUAACUGAUAAAGGUAAAAAGAUGUGCAACGAUGAUGAUCAGCCUCUCUCUACUGAGUUAUCCUCUUACCAGAGCCCGAACGUGGUCUAUGAUCCAGCUGCUGUUGUUGAGGAAACACCAGCAAAGUAUAUUUCUCCUUUUGCAAAGAAGUCGCCAUUUUGGAAGGCAUAUGAAACACAUGACUUGAGCAAAACUGCUCCACAAAGUCCUCAUUUCAGCCCGUUGUUUGAUGCUAACGAAGAUAUCCGCGAGUGGUCAGCGGUUGGUAUGAUGGUGACUUUCUAUGGGUUAUUAAACGAAGUCAAAGAUCUGCAUCUCGAUGUUUCCUCCAGCAAACUAAGUAGACUCAGUACUUCUUUUGCUAAGCUCGAGAAACACGGUUUCAAUGUAACAAAUCCACAGUCACGUAUCAGCAAAGUGUUAUCUCUCCAAGCUGGGCGAGCUAAGAAAGUGGAGGAAAGAAAAUGCCUUGAAGAGAAGAUUGAAGCUGAAGAGAUGGAAAGGCAGAAGGUCGAAGAAGAAAUGGCUGAGCUAGAACGCAAAAGGGCUGAGCUAGAACGCAAAAUUCUGGAGUUGAAGAGACAAGAAGUGGUUGCGAAAGAGAAGAAGGAAGCGGUGGACAAAAUGAUCGCUGAAAUGAAAUCAUGUGCAGAAACCAUCGACCAAGAGAUUGAAGAUGUUGAGAUUGAGUUUCAGACAACUCUCUAAGCUGCAUUGUGAGAAGAUCAAAUAAAACUAAACUAUGAAAGACAUAAGAGUAGAUGUAGUAGUAAGUAACAACCAUUAUCUACAAUCUUUAUCCCCCUAUGAUUGUUGUUGAUGGUGCUUAGUUUAGCUUGUUCAAAAAAAAAAAGACUUUAGCUUA